AUUGUUCCUCUUGAGCGCUUGCAUAUUUGUUACAUAAAUUUUGUGUAGUCAUUUACUUUUAUUGGAGCUCUGCUUCUUAGAAGCCAAAACUACAAUCCAAGACACAGACAUAAAUCAUUUUAUGUUCAGUGUUUGCUUUUAAAAUCAUUAAUAAAAGUAAUCUAAAAGGCAAAUUUUAGCUGGCUGAGGACAACGUUCUUUGGUGUGAAGCUAUUCACUGCCUAAUAUUAAAGGCAUUUUGACAAGGGCAAUUUUUGUGGUAAAACUGGGAGGGUAUGACUCAAAAAAAAGGAAGAAAGAAAAAAAAAGCUCAUUUCAGGUCUGUUGUGCUGUGUUAAGUCAACCCGUAUGGGCCUGUUCAAGCUGCUUGAGACUGGGUACGGCAGGGGUGAGGGAGCCUGCAGGAAUACAGCUGUGUCACUACAUCACAGAAGUCUUUUUCCUUUGGAGGCUGUAAAUAAAAAAAUGCCUCUUAGAUGUAAAUGACUAUGGUGGUGUUCAUCCAGCCUGGAUUGAGGCAGUAAUAGGCGUAAAGGUACUUACCAUACACCUGUAAAACUAAACGAAGCUCAAGCAAGAGCAUCUUCACUGUUUUGCAUACAGUAUGUUUGGAUACUAACCUAAUUCUGUCAUCAUUAACUUCCUAUUUUAGACUCAAACGCGCCUCCAUAAACGACGGCCCUGGCACAGCGCCGUUUCCCCAUCUGCCCGCAGCCGGGGCUUCUGCCCUCCUUCACAAGCUGCCCUCGGCUUUCGUGCCAGCCCCGGGGCGCUCUGCGGCCGGUCACCCCCGAGCGGUCUGCCCCGGCUGCGCCGCGCUCCCCAGGGCACACCAGCCGGCUCUGCCGGCAGAGCCGCGGCACCCAGCCGCCUCCGUGCAGGCCGCGACGCCGCCGCCGCCAUUUUUCCUCCGCCGCCCGUGAGGUAAUGUAAGCAUUUCAGUUUUACACAAGAGAGGAAGCAGGCAUGUCAGCUCUUUGUCCACCACCAUCUCCUGCAGUUGCUAAAACAGAGAUCUCCUUGAAUGGCGAGUCACCUUUAUUAGCUGCCACUUUUGCUUACUGGGACAAUAUCCUUGGCCCCCGCGUGCGGCAUAUCUGGGCCCCAAAGACAGAACAGGUACUUCUCAGCGAUGGGGAAAUAACUUUUCUUGCUAACCACACCCUGAAUGGAGAAAUACUUCGGAAUGCAGAAAGUGGUGCAAUAGAUGUGAAGUUCUUCGUCUUGGCAGAAAAACGGGUAAUCAUUGUGUCAUUAAUCUUUGAUGGAAACUGGAAUGGAGACAGAAGCACAUAUGGACUGUCAAUUAUACUUCCACAAAGUGAACUGGGCUUCUACCUGCCACUUCACAGGGUGUGCGUGGAUAGGUUAACACAUAUUAUAAGGAAAGGAAGAAUAUGGAUGCAUAAGGAGAGGCAAGAACAUUUCCAGAAGAUUGUCUUGGAAGGCACAGAGAGAAUGGAAGAUCAGGGCCGGAGCAUUAUUCCAAUGCUGACAGGAGAAGUCAUUCCUGUAAUGGAACUUCUUUCAUCUAUGAAAUCACACAGUGUUCCAGAAGAAAUAGAUAUAAGUGACACAGUGCUAAAUGAUGAUGACAUUGGGGAUAGUUGCCAUGAAGGCUUUCUCCUCAAUGCGAUUAGUUCACACCUGCAAACCUGUGGUUGUUCUGUAGUUGUAGGAAGCAGUGCAGAAAAAGUUAAUAAGAUUGUGAGAACAUUGUGUCUGUUUCUUACGCCGUCAGAGCGGAAGUGUUCCAGGCUCUGUAGAAAUGAGUCUUCUUUCAAAUACGAGUCAGGCCUUUUUGUUCAAGGCUUACUCAAAGAUGCAACAGGAAGCUUUGUGUUGCCCUUCCGUCAAGUAAUGUAUGCCCCAUAUCCUACUACACAUAUAGAUGUAGAUGUCAAUACAGUGAAGCAGAUGCCCCCUUGCCACGAACACAUCUAUAACCAACGACGAUAUAUGAGAUCCGAGCUGACAGCAUUUUGGAGAGCUAAUUCAGAUGAAGAGAUGUCUCAAGAUCAUAUUAUCCACACAGAUGAGAGUUUCACACCUGAUUUAAAUGUCUUUCAAGAUAUCCUGCAUCGAGAUACAUUAGUAAAAGCCUUCCUGGAUCAGAUUUUCCAUCUGAAGCCUGGUUUGUCUCUAAGAAGUACUUUCCUUGCACAAUUUCUGCUAGUCCUUCACAGAAAAGCCUUAACUUUAAUAAAAUACAUAGAGGAUGACACGCAAAAAGGAAAAAAACCUUUCAGGUCCCUUCGUAGCUUAAAGAUGGAUCUUGAUUUAGCAGCAGAGGGCGAUCUUAACAUAGUAAUGGCUUUGGCUGAGAAGAUUAAACCGGGCCUACAUUCCUUUGUCUUUGGGAGACCGUUCUACACUAGCAUACAAGAACGUGAUAUGCUCAUGACGUUUUAAAGUUCUCCACUGCUAAUGUGUAAUAUUGCAGUCUUGCAUGGCAUGAAAAGAAAUCUGUCAGUGUGACCGCCACGCUUGUGACAAUCAUUGACUUGACUGGGGAUGAAGCAUUAGGAGCACAGUAGCACACUAACACUACAGUCUGCCCUGUUAGAGGAAAUACCAGCUUUGCUAGACAGCAGGCGUGAUUUUAAUGAAUCUCUUCUGUGUGCUUUUUUUAACAGUUAAAAUAAAUGUUACCAGAGGUUCCUUUGCCAUGUGGGCUUAGUAGAUAAAUUUGAACAUGUUUAGGUAUAAAAUAAAGGGAAGCAUUUAAUUUUUUUUUGCCCAGAGACUUCAUUCAGAUGUGUGCCUGUUUUCCUCUGUUCUGAUGUGUCACUAUUUUUAGUGUUUCCACAGAAAACAAUACAUAUGUCCUUUCUGAUCAUGGGCGUUGUGGAAUAGGGGCCUUCUGAGAGUUUCAAAGGGGGUUUUCAAGUAUUGUUCUUUUGUAUGUGGUACAAGUCUGAAAUGUGUCUUCCCUUAUCGCCAUUUGUAACACUACUGGCUCCUUCAUUUAGAGCAUUUAAAGGCGUUUGGGAUUUUUAAUAUAUUACAAAGUGCUUUUCUUGUGUGCAAACUGUUGACUAUUAGCAGCUUAAAUAGCAGCACUCUGCACGUGAGAACUGGGUCAUUAUUUAAGCAGCUUUGUGCAUGUAAGUGCCAACCAUGCCACUCCGUCACAGACUGUUGGGCCAUCCUGCAGUGAAGUGUUCAGCGAUCCAGUGUAGAGUUCUUUCAAAACACAGAACAGAAAACUUGUGUCAUUCAGCAGCACUUGUCAGUCUUUCUAUCCCUAAACUGCUGCUGUUUUUUCCAUUGUCAGUUAGAAUAAGGUUCAGAUUAAAGUAUUAGACCUUCCCAAAGAACACCAAGGUGAUAGCCAAACUGUCAUAAAACAGUAAUUUAUUUUUUUUUACAUUGCCAUUAAUAAGAGUUAAUUAAUAUGAGUUAAUAUGCCAUUAAUAUGAGUUAAUUAAUUAAUAUUAAUUCAGAGAUGAGCACAACUGUGAACUAAUGUUCAUGGGAUUUUACUAAGUGAAUUUUUGUCAAUAAUCUUGCCAGUCGUCUUAGUUCAUUUUUAGCACGUCUCCAGCUUCACUUGAAAAUAAAACUACAUUUUCUACUUUUGUGCCAGAACCCUUUUUUCUCAGUAGUAUAUAGAGCAUUGUGGUGUCAGGUUAAUCUGGACCCAGUUUUUUCAAUUUUGAUGCAUGAUUGGUGCUUGUUACAUUGAAAUCAGUGUACAUUUGUACUGCAUGUUUUCUUAAUUCUCUUUUUUAUAAAAACACAGGAAUAUAUUUGUGCUGUUUUCGUGUAACUUCAUUACUCAAUAUUAAUUGUGAAGGAGCUGCACUUGUGAUUGGAGAAGCCACAGUUGCUUUGCUUAAAUAAGAUUAAAUUUGCUUAAAUUAAAUAAAACACUUUUUAUUUUCAUAAUAUUUAAUAAUAAUAAUAAAUUAUUUCAACAUAACGUGUUAUGGUGAACAGGUUUCUGUUUCCAAGGUAGCUUUUUAGUGUCUCUUUCAUGCAAAGAGACAUAAAAGUUAACAAAAUUGCUAACAAAAAAAAAUUCACAACUUUUCCUGAAAUGUCCAAUGUUCAGAUUUUUAAAAGGAGUACUGUUCUCUAUAUAGAUGUUCAGAAUCCCCUUACAUUUUCUGAAAAACCAAAAUUCACAAAUAUUUAGAGCUUCUGAAAGAUGUGGAAUUGAGCCCCAGCUGCACACCUUUCACACAUUAUUAGUGAAUAUAAUUGACAUUACCUGGUUGAAUAUGUAAUUACAACUUGGUGAGUCUUUCAGGGCUCUUGCAAUGAGCUCAGUGCUUCAUCAAAGGAACAUGUCAGAAUGCUGGCAUAAGUUACUUGUAUUAAGAUUCUGUCUGUCUUCCUACCAUUAUUAUUUUCAUCUGCAUUUUUAAUCGGUUGAUCCAUUAGAGAAGAGUGUGAUUGUGCUCAGUUUUUACUGUCAUGUCUAAGUUUGUGAUAAAAAUGUAAUGAACACUGCUGAAACUUCUAAUGUAGCAGUUGUGUUGAAGUCUAAAGAGAUGUAAACAUGCUGCUGAAGUAAUGACUUCAGCUUCAUAGGCAUUGGAAAGUUAACAAUGACACUAGUAACAGUAAAGCUCUGUGUACUGAAGAUGCUGUCACCUUUUUAAAUUACUAAAAGCUGGAAACUUUCUCAAGUGCUACUUCUGUUACACAGCUGUCACAAAUGCACUGUCACAAGUGCAGAAUGUAUAGUGAAGUAAAUUAUUAAAUGCAUAUGCAUGUUGUGUUGUAAAUCUUGCUCAGGAAACGAAAUAUUCUAAUAAAAUUAAUGCACAAUUUUUGACUUAA